GCGCGCGGCCCGAGGCGGGGGGUAAGAUGGCGGCCCCGCUGCGGACGCCAGGCGGCGCGAGCUGCCGCUGCCGCCGGGGCGGCCGCCGCCUUGACCGCGCCUGUCUGCCUCUCGUAGCUCGCGAAGGACCUCCUGCAUCCGUCCCCGGAAGAGGAGAAGAGGAAGCACAAGAAGAAGCGCCUGGUGCAGAGCCCCAACUCCUACUUCAUGGACGUGAAGUGCCCGGGAUGCUACAAAAUCACCACCGUCUUCAGCCACGCACAAACGGUAGAUCUGUGUGUGGGCUGCUUCACUGUCCUCUGCCAGCCCACGGGAGGAAAGGCGAGGCUUACAGAAGGAUGCUCCUUCAGGCGGAAGCAGCACUAAAAGCACCUGGAGUCAGUAUGAGUGGGACACUACCCCAAUAAACAGAUUUUGGAUAAAAAAAAAA